CGCUGCUGAGGGAGUGUCAUCUUGCAUUGCAUGUGAAGCAAGUCUGAAGUUGUCUCGAGCAGAGACAAAAUAAUCCCACAUUUUAAUUGUCAUUUAUUUAUUUGUUAUUUGAAUUAUUUUUGGUUUCCCUUCAAUGGAAUUCAGCAUGAAGAAACCAAGCGUGGGACCGCAUCACUUGCACCGGAUUUUGGAGGUUCUUGAGGCAUGAGAAGGAGGAAGGCCGGCGACUUUGACAUCAGACAACAGAGGAUCAAAAUGCUACUCCAAAAAAUGGCGUCAUCACUGCUUGCUAAUUUGCUAACAUUCGCCACAGUUCUGCUAAAUUCAGCACGAUGCGACGGAACAGUGGCAGAACUCAAAGCCGGAUCUCCACUGAGAUUCACACACCACCUCUACAACACCACCAUUGAUGAGAACUCUGGCGCGGGGUCAUACGUUGAGACGCCGGUGAAGAUGGGCUUGGAAAUGGCGGACGCAUUCUGGGAAAUCAAAUAUGUGAUUGUCUCCGGGGAUGAGAGCGGCUAUUUCCAAGCAGAGGAUGUCAAAGUUGGAGAUUUUUGUUUCCUGAGGAUCAAAACUCAACAUGUGGCACUCCUAAACAGGGAAGUUAGGGAUGCCUAUACACUUACUGUGGAGGCCACGGAGAGCACCCAGGAACUCCAAGCCAAGACCAAAGUCUUUGUCCAGAUCCUAGACACAAAUGACCUCAAGCCUCUUUUCGAUCCAUCCUCAUAUAGCGUAGCCAUCCCUGAAGACACACCACUUCAAUCGAGUCUGGUCAGGGUCAGAGCGGCAGACGCCGACAUGGGCAGCAACGCUGAGUUCUACUACUCAUUCACCAUCAAAUCCCAUCCGUUUGUUGUGGACCCUUUCAGCGGCACUAUCAGACUUUUGAAGAGACUGAACCACACCCGCAGCGAGCGAUAUGAGCUCACCGUGUUAGCCGAGGACAGAACCAAGAGAAUCUCUGGCAUUCAGAAAUUCGGCAAUGUCGCCAAGGUGAGCAUAAAGGUACAAAAAGCUGCCGCAGCUUCUCCGGUGGUCAAACCCCCUGCCAAUCCGUCCAUCUCUGCAGAUGGCACAGUGACGAUCAACGUCCACGUCGAGGCAGGCCUCAAGCCCGUCAAAUCUCUUCGCAUCAUUGGCGGUGAUCCUCACAAGAACUUUGAGGUCAUCCCUGAGGGAUUGCAGGGAAGCAACUUCCAAAUCGUCUCGACGAAGAAGAUCGUGUGGUCACAAAGUCCCUUUGGGCUCAAUCUGUCCUUACAAGCUCAAGAUAUCAGCUCCCCCAGUUUGAUGUCUCCCAUUGCUAAGAUUCACAUUCCUGCCUUUCAUUACCGACCCAAAUCGUUUUUGGAAGAGACCUACAUUCUUGUGCUCAGUGAGAUGUCACCCCCGAAAACAUUUGUUGCAAAGGUUUCUGUUGAUUCCGGCACUGUGACGUACAGUAUCAAGACGAACCCAGACAGCUCUAAAUUCAAGAUAAAUCCCAAAAGCGGGAUCAUCAUUACCAGGGAGACGUUUGACUAUGAGGAUCAGAAUCACUAUGAAUUUGACGUACUGGCCAAUGGAGGCGAGGCUAAGGCUCAUGUCGUAGUCAAGAUCGCAGACGAGAAUGACAACAGUCCAGAAUUCACGCCGUCGUCCUAUCAGGCCACGGUGGAUGAAAAUAGCCCCAUCGGCAGCAGCCUCUUGAAAAUAAAAGCGACCGACAAAGAUGAUGGGAAACACAGUUUUGUGACCUAUGCCAUUGCCAAUGCAGACCUACUGCCAUUCGCAAUAGACCCCUUUACUGGUGUCAUCUUCACUACUGAGCACAUGGACUUUGAACUAAUGAAGCGUUGGUACCACCUGAGGGUUUGGGCCUCAGACAGUGGCGAGCCGUUCAGUCGGGUCAGUGAGUGCACCGUGACAAUCACCCUCAACAAUGUUAAUGACAACGUGCCUCUUUUUGAGAGGGUGGGCUGCAACGUCACAGUACCUCCAGAUCUCGCUGUUGGCCGUACGAUUGUGGAGAUGUCGGCCAUCGACUUGGAUGAACUACAGCAGCUGCGCUAUAUCAUUGAGUCGGGUAAUGAGUUCCAGAUAUUUGCCAUCAACUCUGUGUCAGGUGAGGUCAUCCUGAAGCGUGCAAUUCCGCCGGGUGUAAAUUCAUUCGAUUUGCAAGUGGUGGCCUCGGACGGGGAGCACCGCUCAGAAGCAUCAGUCGUCCGAGUGACGGUCACCAGCUUGGGCGACGAGCCAACGGUCAGCUGUCAGGAAACGUUCAUUUUCAAACAGCUCACCGAUAAACUGAUAGAGUCAGUUAAACCUAUCUGGACUGAAGACGUGGACUAUACAUCUUCCGAUAUCCACAUCACAAACAGACACUCUCCCAUAUUUGACGCCGGUGUUCCUAGCUCUCUGGAUCUUUCUGAGGACUACCCACUGAAUUCCACGGUAGUCCGCUUGGAUGCAUCGGAUCACGACACGGGCUUUAAUGCCAUGCUCACGUACGCCAUCUCCGGUGGGAACGAGGAUGGCUGCUUUGUCGUCGACACCUUUUCUGGCGACCUUCGUCUACUUUGUGGGCUCGACAGAGAGAGUAAAGAGUUCUACAUUCUGAAUAUCUCCACCUAUGAUCUGGGAACACCGCAAAGGUCAGCGUGGAAGUUUCUUGCGGUGAAUGUCCUGGAUGUUAACGACAACCCGCCUCUUUUUGAUCAGCCCAGACAUGUGAUUCACAUCCCUGAAAACACCAAAGUAGAUACGGUCGUUUUUACAGCCCGAGCAACCGAUUCUGACAUAGGUGAGAAUGGGAAAGUCAAGUACACCCUCCUGACGUCCAUCGAAAUAUUUCGGAUUGAAGAGGUGACAGGCGAGGUGGUGGUCAUGGCUCCUUUGGAUCGAGAAUCCUCACCCAGGCAUGACGUAUGGAUCGAAGCCAGGGAUCAGUCCAAACUUACUCCACCGAUGUUCGCCACCCUCCACCUUGUAGUCGUGCUUCAGGACGUCAAUGACAACCCACCUACCUUUGUAACAAAGGUCUACAGAGUCAAAAUUCCAGAGGAUUUACCAGUCGGAACCUUACUGGUCUGGGUGGAAAGUGUGGACUCCGAUCUGGGCGGUGGUGGCCUCAUCACCUACAACCUUAAGAACACCGAAAGUGGGAUCUUUCGCCUGGACUCCUCAACUGGUGCCUUGACCCUAGAGAGGGAGUUGGACUUUGAACGACGGGCGUCGUACAACCUCACCGUCCGCGCUGUUGACCACGGCCCCCCGCGAUCACUUUCAUCAUCCUGCUUUGUGGAGAUCCAGGUCUUGGAUGUCAAUGAGAACCUCCACCCACCACUUUUCUCUGAGUUUGUGUAUGAGGCCAUAGUGACGGAGGACGCUGUGGCAGGGACAGCGGUGCUCACGGUGACGGCCACGGAUAAGGAUGUGGGUGGAGAUGGUGUCAUCCGGUACCGCAUCCACGACGGCUCUGGUCUAGGAGUGUUCGCCAUUGAUGAGGAAACAGGGGUGAUCCGGACCACUGGGCCGCUGGAUCGAGAAAAAGUUCCCCACUACUGGCUCUCCAUUGUGGCCACCGACCUUGGUACUGAGCCCCGGGCCUCGUGGACGCAUGUUUACAUGGACGUGCUGGACAUCAACGACAAUGCUCCGGAGCUUUCCCAGCCCAUCUACUUCGCGUCUGUCCCUGAGAACGUGGAAGCCAUCACCUCCAUCGUCCUGGUGGCUGCCUCGGAUGCUGACGCGUCCUCGCAGGGGCGGCUUUCAUUCCACAUUACAGAGUCGCAUCGGACUUACUUUGAUGUUGAUCACAAAACAGGUGUCAUCAGUACGGUGGCAGCGUUGGAUCGUGAGGAUAAAGCAGAGCACAGUAUUGAGGUCAUCGUGUCCGACAACGGCUCUCCGUCACUUCACUCCACCGCAACCGUGGUGGUCCGCGUGCUGGAUGACAACGACAAUUGGCCCAAGUUCACAGACAAACUUUUCCACGUCAAGCUACUGGCCCAGCGCCAGCAGGACGGCCGUCUGGAAGUCUGCCGAAUGAUGGCCAGUGACGACGAUGAGGGUUCCAACGCCGAUGUGAUGUACACGCUACAAGACGACCACGAUGGCAGUUUCCACAUUGAUUCGCUGACCGGUGUGGUGACGUCGCUUGGAGACUUUUGGCCUGGGAAUUACACCAUUCUCACGAUUAAAGCGACGGAUGCUGGCAACCCGCCGCUGUCGUCGGCAGCGAGGCUGGACAUAGAGUGGACUUCACCCGAGCCGCCUUCCGCCGAGCCCAUCGCCUUUGACGAGCCUCACUUCACCUUCGCCGUCAUGGAAACGGAACCCGUCACUCACAUGGUGGGCAUCAUCAUGACCGAGACAUACCGACUGCGCUGGUUUCACAUCGUAGGUGGAGAUGAGGAAAAGGACUUUGACAUCCAGAGGAACUCAGGCACAAUUUCCAUCGCCCGCCGACUAGACGCCGCCCGCCGCUCCAACUACAACCUGACGGUGCAAGUCACCGACAGCCACCACAGCUCCACCGUGCAGGCCUACAUCCGCGUUCUGGACAUGAAUGAACAUCGGCCUAUCUUCCUCAAGACGCUCUAUGAGGUGAGGGUCCCUGAGGACACGCCGGCAUGGAAGGACAUCCUGCACGUAGCGGCACGUGACGCUGAUGCAAACAGCAAGCUGGUCUUCUCCAUUCAGAGCAGCUCAAACCCCAUCAGCUUCAAACUCUUCCACCUGGACCCCAAGAGCGGCGUCCUGGCCACCACCGACAAACUGGACUAUGAGACCAUCCCACUGCACACACUUGUUGUCAUGGUGCGCGACCAGGAGAUCCCAGUCAAGAGGAAUUUUGCCAAGGUAAUGGUGCACGUGGAGGACUGCAAUGACCACGCGCCCGCCUUCCUCAGCACGCGCUACGAGGCUGCCGUGUCCAAUGUGCCUCCCGGCGGCACCGAGGUGGUGCGCGUCAAGGCCCUAGACGGUGACGCGGGCAGCAACGCCGACAUUGCCUACUCCCUGCAUUCUGGAAACAUCAACAACAUAUUUUCCAUCGAUCAAGUCUCAGGCUCCAUCAGCAUGUCCAAACCCUUGGACAUUCUGCACCAGGACCCUUUCCACCUCACGGUGAAAGCCACGGAUCAGGGCUUCCCUCAGCGCAGCGACAUCUGCUCCGUCCACAUCCAUAUCCGCAUCUCUGACCACAGCCUACCCGUCUUCCAUGAUGAUGAAUAUCUUGCAGAAAUCAGCGAACGGAGUGGCUUAGGGACACCGGUGGUCGCCAUCUCUGCCUCCAGCCCGGCUGCGGUAAAUUACGACAUUGAAAGCGGCAACCCCAACGGAACAUUUCACAUUGACCGAUACACUGGAAUGAUCACAGUCCGAAAGCUUCUGGAUUUUGAGAUGUGCUCCUCCUACACACUUAACGUUUCGGCAUCUACUAGUUCCGGAGCUAUGUCCAGGACAGCAGUUUAUAUCUAUGUCAUGGAUGAGAACGAUAACACUCCUAUUUUUGCCAAGCGCGAGUACAUUGGACAAAUAGGUGAGGCGGCACACACCAAUAGUCUGGUGAUGUCGGAAGAUAACAUGCCGUUGGUUGUCCAGGCUUCAGAUGUGGACCGAGAUGCAAAUGCGCUGCUCGUCUAUGAGAUCCUGGAGGAGGAGGCUGCAAAAGUGUUUAGAAUUGACACUAGCACAGGUGCAAUUUCACUUGCGGCGCCGUUAGACUUUGAAAUCAAGGCUGAGUACCACUUCAACGUGCAGGCGAGGGAUUCAGGGAAACCAUCGCUGUACGCAACCCAGCCUGCCAAGGUCGCUGUGCACGUCCUGGAUGUGAACGACUACCCGCCGCAGUUCACUACCGCCACCUAUGAGUCGUCCGUCAUCUUCCCGCCGGUCCUAGGCGCAGAGGUGACAAGAGUGGUGGCUCAUGACGCAGAUUCGGCAAUCUCAUACAGCAUUGCCGAAGGAAAUCUCGAUGGUGCCUUUUCCAUUCAUCCCGCAACUGGAGUCAUCAUUGUGAGCAACGUGUUGAGGUUCAAGCCAUUUUACCAGCUGGUAGUCAGCGCCUCAGAUGGCCUACACGAGGAUUCAGCCAUUGUGAGGGUGAAUAUCACCAACGUCACAGAGAGCGGUCUCAGCUUUGAGCAAAAAACAUAUUCAGUGAGCGUUUCAGAGAACCUGAGCAGCGUGAAAACAUUAGCUGUGCUCAAACCAAGAGGGUGUUAUCUAAACGAGCCUUUGUCUUAUUCACUCUUGAACCCCAUGGGAAGAUUUUCAAUCUCCCGGACUUCUGGUGUCAUGGAGACCACAGGCGUGCCAUUUGACCGCGAGGACACAGAUGCCUACGAUGUAGUGGUGAUACUACAAGACACAAGGAUGCCACGAAGGACGGCCACCGCUCUGGUCAAAGUCUUUAUAGAUGAUGUCAAUGACAACCCACCUCAGUUCCUCAACCUGCCUUUCUCGAUGACGAUGUCUGAAGACACAGAACCGGGAGAUGUUCUGUACCAGGUCACCGCCAGGGACAUAGAUCUGGGUGAGAACGGAUCGAUUGUGUACUCUAUGGAGGAGGAUUAUGACCUCUUCAGAAUCGAUCCAACCAUAGGUGAUGUUUCGAUCCAGAGGCCUCUUGAUUUUGACACCCUCAGCAAAUAUGUCUUGACGAUCCUGGCGAUGGAUGAAGGCGUUCCUAGUCACAUGACCGAGGCACAGCUCAGUAUUCAAGUCAGGAACCGGACUAACCCAGUUUUUCAGACACUAUUAUACCCUUUAAAAGUCCCCGAAUCUGUUCCCCCUUUCACUACCAUCCUGCAUGUGCAGGCCAGGAAUCCCGAAGGUUAUCGCCUAAUUUACAACCUAGUGGAGGAAAACGCCUCCAAGCACUUUCACAUCGACUUCAAGACGGGUGCGUUGACAGUCACCAACUCGCUGGACUACGAGAGCCAGAACUUGCAUGUGCUGACUGUGCGAGCCACAGAUUCUGUGAGCGGAGCCUUUUCAGAGGCAUCUAUUGAAGUGGAGGUUGAAGACGUGAAUGAUAAUGCCCCCUUUUUCUACCAGCAAAAAUACACCACCAGCAUCGCGGAGGGGCUUCCCAUUGGCUCCUCAGUUCUGCAGCUGUCUGCCUCCGACUUGGAUUCUGGCAGGAAUAAAGAUCUGACAUUUCACAUGGUGAGAACAGAAGGCAACGAAACCGAUUUCUUUGACAUAGACCACCAGAGUGGAUUGAUUUUCUUAAAGCAAGUGCUGGACCAUGAAAGUGUGAAUCGCUUCCGGUUGAAAAUUCAAGUGGUUGACAAUGGAAGCAUCGCCCUCAGUGGUGAGACUGUUGUCUUGGUAAAUGUCACUGAUGUCAACGACAAUCCCCCGGACUUUGUAAGCUCUCAUUUUCAAGCCUCACUGGAUGAGUCUGCAAAAUGUGGCCACAUUGUCAUCAAGAUUCAGGCGUCCGAUCCAGACAUCGCAGACGCUAACCACCUCAAGUACAAAAUCCUCUCAGGCAAUGAAGACCGCUACUUUAACAUCAAUGAGACUUCUGGGAUCAUCUCCUUCUCCAACAUUUGCAAAAGGAACCUGGAUCCGUAUUACAACCUGACGGUGGCGGUUUCAGAUGGCGUAUUCCAGAAAAGUGCGCCGGUCAACAUCGACAUGAUCAACAGCAACAGACACCGCCCGUACUUCCGACAGAGCACCUAUGAGGCAGAAGUUACGGAAAAUGCAGAGGCAGGAACCCGCGUGAUCCAGCUGGCUGCAAUUGACCCUGAUGAUGGACCCUACGGCAGCGUGGACUACACCAUCAUAAACAAGUUGGCAGACGAGAAGUUUGCCAUCAAUGCUAACGGGCAAAUUGUCACCACGCAACCGCUAGAUAGAGAAAACCCUGACCAGAGGGUAAUCGCCAUCAAAGUGAUGGCAAAAGACGGUGGCGGCAAAGUGGCCUUUUGCACAGUCAAGAUCAUCCUAGCGGAUGACAACGACAAUGUUCCACAGUUCAAAGCAUCUGAAUACCAUGUCGCCAUUAAGUCGACCGUUAACAAAGGCUCCCCUGUCAUUCAAAUUAUGGCGUAUGACGCAGAUGAUGGCAAAAAUGCUGAUAUCACCUACACCGUAGAUGAAGCUGAAGGGGCCACAGAGGACAUAAUCGAGAUCAACCCAUUCACUGGUGUGGUGAGUGUCAAGGAGAGCCUGCUCGACAUGGAGAAUAGGAUCUUCACCUUCAAAGUGAAGGCUCGCGACGGCAACUUCCCAUUCUACAACUCCACCGUCCCUGUGAGGGUCAAAGUGCUCCCUCCGGAAAUUCCUCUGCCAAAAUUUGUCGAGCCUCUAUACACCUUCUCAACUGCCGAGGACACACCCGUCGGUACGGAGAUUGGCUCGGUGAGAGCUGACUCUAACAUGCCGCUCAUUUACAGCCUGGUUGAUGGCAACACGGUGGAAAGCAACAGAGACAAAGUGUUCAGUUUGGACAAAGAAAGUGGGACGUUGCUACUGGAGAAGACCAUGGACCAUGAGAGGACCAAGUGGUACCACAUUGACGUGCUGGCUCAGGGCAACCACAACGGCACCGACGUGGCCUCGAUGGUGUCGGUCAGUAUCCAAGUACGAGACGUCAACGACAACCAACCGGUGUUUGAUGCCAACCCAUACAGGGCCUACUUGGCAGAGAAUAUGCCCGCCGGAACCACCGUCAUUCAGGUGACUGCCAAUGACCCUGACACAGAUAGCAAUGGUCUGGUCACCUACAGCCUGGAGUCGCUAUCAGACGACGACGUCAACAUCACUGACUUAUUCUCCAUUGACGGUGAUACCGGCUGGAUUGUGACUGUUCGCGAGGCUGACUGCGAGGCGUCCAGGCUGCACCGCUUCCACGUACUGGCCACCGACCACGGCGGCGACGCUAAGCUGUCAUCCAGCGUUCUGGUGGAGGUGACGGUGACCGAUGAAAAUGACAGCCCUCCGGCAUUCUCUGUGGACGCCUACCGCGGCUCGGUGGCAGAGAAUAGCCACCCUGGCAGAGUCAUUGUUUCUAUGACGACCACCGAUGCAGACGUGUCGCUGGAGAACCGUCUAGUGACGUGCUAUAUCACAGAUGGGGACCCCCUGGGCCAGUUUGCCGUGAUCCAUCGUGACGAGGGUGAGUGGGGCUUGAUAACCAAAGAGCCGCUGGACCGUGAGGCCAACGCCGCCUAUGCGCUCACAAUCACGGCCACGGAUGGAAAAUUCCAGUCCCCCAUUAACGUGCACGUGGAUGUACUGGACGAAAAUGAUAACACGCCGCAAUGCCAACAGCUGGUGUAUUCAGAAGCUCUGAUGGAGAAUUCUCCAACCAGCACAUUUGUGUUGAAGGUGUCAGCAUUGGAUGCCGAUGACGGCCCGAAUGCUCUCAUCUUCUUUACCCUGCAUGGUCCCGAUGCAGACCAGUUUCAUCUGGACCAUGUCACUGGUGAACUGUUCACCUUGGCCGUGCUGGACCGUGAGUUAGUGUCAGAGUACAAGAUGGUGGCGCGCGGAACAGAUGGCGGCGGGCGGUCCUGCCAGGUGGACAUCUCUCUAAGAGUCUUGGACAUGAAUGACAAUGCUCCGCUCUUCUCGUCCAGCCAUUACCACGUUAGUGUGUAUGACAACACUACCAGGAGCACGCCUGUCGCGGCAGUCUACGCCCAUGACGCAGACACAGGGCAAAACUCAGAGGUACGAUAUACCCUGCUAGCGGGCGAUGAUGGUUAUUUCUCUCUGGACGAGUUUUCUGGCGUGCUGCGUCUGGAGCGAGUGCUCGGCCCUGACACGCCGACACACUUUCAGCUAAAAGUGAAGGCGUCGGACGCUGGACUGCCUCGCCCACUCCACUCGGUCGCUGCAGUCACGGUGGACGUAGUGUCUCUGAAUGACUACCAGCCCAUCUUCCCCAGUGUCGAAUACACUGCCCGGGUCCCCGAAUCGCUGGCCGUCGGCUCACAGGUGGUCAGCGUCUCUGCGCUUGACGGAGACACCUCAGUCGUGUACAGCAUUGCCUCUGGGAACGAAGAUGGCCACUUCUUGCUGGACCCCAAGACAGGCGUGCUGACCCUCGCCGCCCUGCUGGACUUCGAGGUGUCCCAGGAGUUCUACCUGUCAGUAGAGGGCACUCGGGGCAGGUCGUCAUUGGCCGACGUUACCAUAGUGGUGGUCAACGUGAGCGACGUCAACGACAACGCUCCCGUCUUCAGCCGCGGCGACUACAGCGCUGAGAUUUCCGAGGAGCGAGCCCCAGGAAGCCUGGUGAUCAAGGUGACGGCCAGCGAUCGUGACGGGCCGCCCAACAACAACUUGCUGCGUUACUCCAUCGUGAGCGGCGACCCUCUGCGCCAGUUCGCUAUUGACCCUCGGAGCGGCGAAAUUAGCAUUUGUGCCGGCCUGGACCGAGAGGAGCGUACUCAUUACUCCCUGACGGUGCAAGCAGCUGAUGAAGGCGAUCCACCACUUUCCUCCGCCGUCCUCGUCACCAUCACCGUUGCCGAUGCCAACGACAACCCUCCGCUCUUCUCCCAGGUCCAGCAUAGUCUGCUGUUACAGGAGGGUGAGGUGGUGGGCAGUGGCGUCCUGCAGCUGCUGGUAACAGACAAGGACACCCCCCGCAAUGGACCACCAUUCUCCUUCCACAUCAUCAGUGGCAACGAGGACCGGCGCUUCCACGUGGACCAGGGUGGUCUCCUGUCUCUGGCGGCACCGCUCCGGAGGACGAGCCGAGCACAGCACCGCCUCAAGAUUCAGGUGACGGACAGCGGCCAUCCUCCACUCUCCUCCAUCUGCGUGGUCACCAUCAACGUCACUGAGCAGAGCAAGUACCCACCCUCCGUGGUCCCCCUGGAGGUUUUCAUCACCACAGCCGGCGGGUUUUAUGCCAACCGCGUUAUCGGUCGGCUCCAUACCUCUGAUCAAGACCCGCAAGAUGUGUUGUCCUACGCGCUGGUCUCUGAGGACCCUACUGGGCACCACUUCUCCGUAGACCGGGCCAAUGGUAAAAUCUGGGUGGACAAAAAUCUGGAAGAGGGCUCCUACGCACUCAACGUCAGCGUGACGGAUGGCAGGUUCAGCGUCUGGACAGCGGUGAAGGUUCACGUAUGGGCGGCCACACAGAGGGCGCUGGACUCCGGCUUGACCCUGCGACUGCAUGGGAUUUCCUCGGAGGAGUUUCUGGCCGAUCACUGGCGAGGCCUCCAGCGCAGCCUGGCACAAGCUCUGACAUUUCCCCGGCAAGAGCUGCACCUGGCCAGCCUCCAGAUGCUACCCCACACCCCAAUUCUGGAGAUUCUGCUGAUUUGGAGGCCUCAGAGUGGACUCAUCCAGUCGCUAGCGACCAACAAACUAGCAGGCAUCUUGUCAGACAUCGAGGACUCUCUGGGACUAGACGUUGUCCAUUUGAGCUACAACGGCUGUCUGGGUGAUGGAUGUCCUCCCAGGCGAUGCAGAAACACCAUCCACUUGGCAGGAGACACCAUGUACCACUUCAGCACCGCCAGACUGGCCUACAUCACACCGCGGCACCGCUGGGAGAGCGUCUGUCCCUGUAACGAAUCGGCGCUGAGGUUCAGCGACGAGGCCUACCUCAAGUAUGUCCACGGCAUGGACGAGGACCAGCAGGAUUUCACCGUCGCCCUGAGCUUUCGGACCUUCCAGCAAGACGGUCUCCUCAUGUUGGCCAAUGGCACCGACUGGGGGAGCUUGCAGGUGAGUGGCGGCCAUCUUCACUUCUCCUUCAGCUGUGGCAUCCUGCCUCCUUCUGGCCUGGCUCUGACCUCGCCUGCGGUGUCCGACGGCCGCUGGCACCGCGUCCUCCUGGAGGUGAGAGCCACGUCUUUGAGGCUUACCUUGGACCGCCAGUCACACACCGUGGCCAACCUGGGAUCGCCGUGCCGCCUGAUGCGCUCGAGCGGAUUCCUGCUCUUCGGCAAUCGCCGAUUCCGCGGUUGUCUGGAGCACCUGGAGCUCAACGGGGAGCCAAUCGCAGUGGGUGAUGCGACGGAGUGGAGGGGUCCGGGCAGGAGGCGAGUGUUUGGAGUCUACGAGUGCUGCAGUCGGGCGGGACCCUGCGACCACAACCCAUGCCAGAAUGGAGGGGUCUGCCACGAGGACACCAGUGGAGAGCAGCACUGUAGGUGCACAGGCAUGUUCUAUGGCGCACGCUGCGAGCAGAAGAACAACCCAUGCGUCUCCGAGCCAUGCACCCACGGUCGGGUGUGCGUGCCCAAGGAGCAAGGAUACAUUUGCAACUGCUCAAUGGCACAUGUCAACGCACAGUGUCACAACGGCGUAGACAUGUGCUCUCCCAAUCCAUGUCCCAGCGGUUUCCUGUGCCAAGUUUCCCCCGGCUCCUUCCAUUGCGACCCUCUACCACAGGUGUCUCCGGUGGUGGGCUACGUGGAGUUGAUGGAGAUUGGCGCCAGUGUGCUAGGCCUCUUGCUGCUGGUGGCCAUCUUUGUUUGUGGACGCAAGCGCUACAUCCAACAGAGGAAGAACAAGAAGACGAAGAACAACUCCAACGGUUACGCUCCGUCCAUCUUGUCCAAGAGUCCAAAAGCCUGUGAUCAGGACGGCGGCCAUAUGGAGCUCAGCUGCAUGACGUCGUCCACCAACGACCUUGACCACUCGCCCUUCCGCUCUCUGCGUCCCCGCAGCUUGGCACCCAAUGAUAAGUCGCACGGACCGGUGGUCUGCAGCGUGGCCCCCAACCUGCCUGUCAGGCCCCCAUCUAGUUCUGACAACGACUCAGUCAAGAAGACCCACUGGGACCUUGACUAUGAAGUUUAUCCUGCAGAUCCCGACUACUUUGGCCGUCCCAUGGCCGCCACCCAGGACUUUCCUCAGUUUGACAUUGUGGAGGACGUAUACUCGUCGUCCACAGUGUCGGACUCACGGCGAAACUCUCGCUUCGGCGGCUUCCCAUUCCCGCUAGAGCGCUCGGAUCGCCGCGCCCCACUCCCGCCGUGCUACAGCAACCAGAACCUGGACCAUUUCUUGGACCCCAACGGUGUCCCUCUUCCGCGAUCGCAGUGUCCUGACGCGUACACCGCCACCAACUACUACCCGGCCAAGCAAGCGGGCAGCCUAGACGGCCACACGGCGGCGGGCUACAAACGUCUCAGCGUACGGCUCAGUGUGGCCGGGUCGUCCUACGCCGAGCCGGUGGGGGAGUCGCCCAACGUCGCCCAACCACAGACGCGCCCCAGUGGGACCGACCCGCACAGCUAUGAGGAAACCAGCAUGCUGGAGAGCGACUUUGGGAGCUGUGAGGAAGUCAUGUUUUAGGACGCGGCCAGGCUGGACAACGUUGCGUCAUUCCGAGGCGGGAUGACAUCUGGGCAGCUUGACGGGAGACCCCUGAUGUUUUAUUUUGAAACAACCUUGCUUGACUUUCCGGAUCAGUAAAUCGGAUUCCAAGCCCAUUGUUCAAUGUCCUGUCCAAACUGGCAGGAAGUAGACACUGAUGGGAAGUGAACACGAAGAAAAUGGAAACUGACAGGGAGUAGUCGCUGAAAGGAAGUUGAAAGUGACAGGAAUCAGGCGCGAAUUGGAAAAUGACGGGAAAUAGACAAUGACAGUGAGUGAAAGCUAUCAGACAACUAAGAGGAAAUGGAAACUCAGGAAAUAGAAACUGAACGGAAGUUGAAAUUGACGGUGGGGCUGCAUUGACGCUGACAAGAAGUGGACACUGACAGAAGGCUGAAACUUACAGGAAGUGGAAACUGACAGGAACUCCACACUGAAUGACAUAAUGAGAAAACUGUUUUGUCCUUUGGAGUGCUUCCGGCAGGCAGAUCACGACUAAAUGUCCCGUCCAUGAUGUCAUCAACAUUUCAAGGAGGCCGCAUUCUCUGAACGAGGAACAUAAUGGACACCAAUAUGUUUCUCAAAUUAAGUCUUACGUCUUACUCUUUCUCCAGUCUUACGUCUUACUCUUUCUCCAGUACAGUAACAGUGCACUGGCUUUUAUUUUGAAAAUCCUUGAUGCACUUCUGAGUCACAUAUGCGUAAAAUUAGCACAAUAUUCAGACAGCAUUUUCUCCUGGUGUCGUUUCAUAUUAAUCUCUGAACAUACAGUAAUCAGUUCAAAAUAACAGCGUACACGCAUCCAUCUUCUUUAGCAUGUCCUUUUUUUAAAGUUCAUUUCCUGCUCCUAUUCAUCCAACUGAAACUAAAGCGUGAUCUUUUAUUUUGAAAUCUCUAAUGUACUCCCUCCUCACAUUACUACUGAAAUGUACAGUAUCAGAUUUUUCACAGUUUGCCCAGUUUACUGUUGUCAUUUCUCUGCAACUGCACAUUGAGAGCCUCAAAUCGGGCCUCAAACCACACAAGACUGAAAAUGCAGUCACAAUUUCAAAAUAAGCGUCUCCAUCCACAUCGGUUCGCGAGCUUCUACAUUUUUUGUGUCCAUUUCCUUUUUGUUAGUCUGACUUAGCAGAAAGACUUAAUUCUUUGCAACCAUAAAUUGUCCUUUUCACAUCAGAAAGAAGCGUUAGAUAAAGCCGUAAUGUGGAUUUCAAAAUAAAAGCACAUUUUCUCUUACAUGAGUAUUGUUUGAGCACUUUUUUUAGAUGGAAAUGUGUGUUUUGCGAUAAUGUGAAAUGUUUUGUGCAUUAAUGUGUGUUGAUAUGGUGUUGAAGUGCGAUGCUGUGUAGUUGGGUUGAAUGUUUAAUUUUGUUCCAAUCAAAUGUCAGAUUGUUUAUUUUUUUAAUGUUUCGUUGCUGUGAGAUUUCAUUGCAAUGCUGUAUUUUGAUGUAUGGACCUAAUCAGAAUAUCGAAAUAAAGAAAAUAAUAAAAA